CUGAGCCUCACGGGCAGGCUGGGUAACGCACAUCUCUUCGCCGCUUCGCUGCAGCAUUCCGCGCACUUUUUGUUGAAUCACGGAACAUCAUCUUCUUCUCCUAGCGCGACAAUUUCUGGUGGCACGACUGCAACUUCUUCUGGACCUGCAUCAAGUACUAUCAAAGGCGGCUUGAC